CAGCUAACCUACAUUCCUGCUGACAGAAGAGAUUCUCGAGGUGUGUGUGUCAGCUGACAGUUGUGUGAUGCUAGCAUAUUAGCUUCGGAGUUAGCCGACGGAUACUGUACUAAUUUAUCGUCAGUGCUGCGUUUGACUCUUUAAUAGUUUGAUCCGUUGGUGGAAAUCAUUUUGCGUGACUGAUAUAUUAAUUACGUGACCAAAGUCAGGAGGUUUACUAUGAAACAAACAACCUAAGUGUUUUUAGCACUAGCGAGCUAGCAGCUAGGAAGCAAAUCAUCCUAGCAACCGUGGCUAGCUGUGACAGUAGGUUUGCUAACCGGCGGGCGUCUUCAUGGAGAGCUUUAAAGUGUUAGCUAAGCUUUCAAGCUUGAUCCGAAGUUAUGUGAACAGACUGUAGACAGGCGGCUUCUGCUAAGAUAAAUGUUGAUUAAAUGGCAAAAACCGAGCAGGGCAAUGGACUUGAAAUGCGGGGCAGCACAGAGAAGCUGACAGAUAAUGGGAAAGGCAGUUUGUAUGGAUCCGACACAGAAGUAAACGGCAAUGCCAUCCCCAGGGAGGAACCGGUGGACAAGUAUGGAUUCACCGGGGGAGCCCAGCAGAACUCCAGAGACUCGGCUGAAGAAAUUCCCAUCGAGGUGCUGAGACAGCGGGAGGCAAAAUGGCUGGACAUGCUCAACAACUGGGACAAGUGGAUGGCCAAAAAACACAAGAAGGUGAAAGACCGCUGUCAGAAGGGGAUCCCUCCAUCCCUGCGUGGCCGGGCCUGGCUCUAUCUCACUGGGGGCAAGGUGAAAAGGGAGCAAAACCAGGGCAAGUUCCAGGAACUGGACAACCAACCAGGAGAUCCUAAAUGGGUAGAUAUUAUUGAGAGGGACCUGCAUCGACAGUUCCCCUUCCACGAAAUGUUUGCAGCGAGAGGAGGCCAUGGGCAGCAGGACCUGUUCCGUGUUCUGAAGGCUUAUACUCUGCAUCGUCCUGAAGAGGGUUAUUGUCAGGCUCAAGCUCCCAUCGCUGCUGUUCUCCUGAUGCAUAUGCCGGCUGAGGAUGCAUUCUGGGUUCUUGUCCAGAUUUGUGAAAAAUACCUUCCUGGAUACUACAGUACAGGGCUGGAGGCGAUCCAGCUGGACGGGGAGAUCCUGUACGCUCUGCUGCGGCGGGUGUCCCCUGUGGCCCACCGACACCUGAAGAGGCACAAGCUGGAACCCAUCCUAUACAUGACCGAGUGGUUCAUGUGUGCCUUCUCUCGGACUCUGCCGUGGGCCUUGGUGCUGCGUGUCUGGGACAUGUUCCUCUGUGAUGGAGUUAAGAUCCUCUUCAGGGUGGGCCUGGUUCUCCUGAAAUGCAUGUUGGGAUCCCAAGAGAAACUGAAGGCCUGCCAAGGUCUCUAUGAGACGAUGGAGCUGCUCCGAGCUAUACAGCCACAGUACAUGCAAGAAAGGUUCCUGGUGCACGAGAUAAUAGAGUUAUCCGUGUCUGAGAGAGACAUCGAGAAGGAACAUCACACUCAGCUGCGGUCCUGGAAGGAGACUCGUGGAGAUCUACACUGUAAGUCCCCUCCCAGGAUGCAUGGUGCCAAGGCCAUCAUGGCUGCCGAGCCACCAAGCCGGCAGGACCUGAGACAGAGGCCCACCAUCAUCGUAGAGUCUCCCCUGGCACCUAAGACAGAUGGGGUGCAAGCAGAGGAUGCAAAGGAAAGUAGAAAUGCUAACAUGGAAAAGCAGAAGAAAACAAACCUUCCACCACAGGAGAAAGUUAAUCCUUAUCCUCCCACUGACCCCUCACCGCUCCUCGAGCACAUGACCCUACAAAAGUCUAAAGAGAGUCUGAGCAGUGCAGAGCAUGACACUUACCUGUAGCAGGGUGAGUUUCACACCAGUUGACAUACAAAAAUCAUUCCAUAGAGCCUUUACUGACUUAGCAGUGACACUCUUCACAGUUUUCAGGCACAGUUGUCACAUGUCACAGCUGUCAGUGACAUGACAAACUUUUCCAUUGCUUAGUGUGUCUGUAGCAGUCAUGACUGAGACAGGUCUCAGUAAAAUGACAUUUUUUUACUGUCAUGACACUCCAACAAAAGUUAUGGAAUUUGGAAGUCAUUGUGAACAGUAAAAGUAAUCGCAUUUUCACAUCUGGAAAAAAUGCCAUUGCUCAGACUAUCAACGUAUUUUCGGUGUUGUUUCAUUUAUACUGGUUGUUUUUAACUAAGUAGUACAGUCAUGGAAAUUUAGCAUGACAGUAUAGUACAUUUUUAAACCCAGGGAGCAAAAGUAGAUGGCUACUAUGUGCACUUUGCACAUGUCUGUGAGGUUCAAGUCUGUGGGAAUAUAGAGCAAUCAGCAUCAUAUAACCGAGCAUGUCAGGACACACACUCACUGACUCACUGUUAAAAGCUACCGCUGCUAUUUACCUCUUAUAAUAAUGCUCUGAUUCUCUCCUUUGCUAUAAAUGAAGUCUGAGUUAUUUACUGGACUGGUCACAUCUUUUCUAGCGCACUUUGCCUUUCUAGUCUUCCUCUUUGCCUACAUUAGUCAUUAUGUUGCCAGUGCAGAGAUUUGUAUUUAUCCUGCUUUGCUAGACCCAGUCAUUCAAACUAAUGUGCGGACACAGUAUAUCAGUGUCUGUUUGCAUAGUCUGUUGACUGUUAAUGCUGCAUCUGUGCGUUGUCUCUGCUGUUGUUGAACACUUGAGGGCGCCCUGAGAUUACCUCUCUGCCUCAGCAGUGACCAGCAGUCGUCUUAUGAGUAGUAAAAGCUGACACAAGCUGUGUGACUCUGAUAUGAAGGAAAAAGUGUGCAGGGACAUUUUAUGACACUAAGCCAAAGAUUUUUAAUGAAUAUUUUUGAAAUGUAUGUUUUCCUAACAGUUAAUUCAAUCAUAUUGUCGUACAGUAUUUAAUUGUUGUCAGUUUGGGAGAGCAGAGGGUUUGUAUUUAUGUUAUGAAUGAGCAAUGGUAAAAUGCCAUUUUGAAGGAUGCUAAUACAAAGCUGUUUUUGUACAAUCAUACUAAAAGGUUUGUGGAUCCUUCGACUUAAAGAUAUCUUAUGUUACUAUAAAAGAAAAACAUAGCAUUGGGAGAUUGUUUUUCUGCAACCUUAUACUCUAAACUCCAGUUUAAAUGCUCAUUUUUAAUCUAUCUAUCUAUUAUUUCCAUCCUAAAACCAAGAAAUCCAGACGUAGGUAGUGUUAUCUUUGUUUCUCUGAUUAAGCUCAUUGAGUAAAUAUGAAGUUCAAAUAAUGUACAAACAAUGCUGUUCUUUUCCAAAGGCUUUAUUCAGCUAAAAGUCGUUUCACACCCUUGGUUACUCAGUUAAGUGAAACUCAUGCCACAUGGUUUUUCUUUACAAUUUCAUGCAAAGGACUUUUGUGUUUCACACUAAACUAUUAAAAAAAACAUUCUAAGUCUAGUUACUCAAGAUAUUAAAAGUCAAGGAAGCCAUAAACCCCAGUCCCAGAAAUUAACAAUAUCCUGUGAAACUAUAAGUCGGAUUAUUUGCUGUCAAAGUUUUUAUGAAUAAUGUAAAAUGGUUGCGGGUAUGUGUUGAUUCUUAAACACUGUGGAGAUAUAUAUGCUACGGGUUUAUUUUUUGUCUAUUAGUAAGCACUGUUUACCUGCCACGUCCUCUGAAGCUUUUUAUAUCUAGAUUUUAAACAUCUUGUUCUGAUCUGUAGCGAGAACACAGCACACAUUUAACCAACCUGCCGUGCAUCUGUUGAAUGUUUACUCUGAGCUUUCUAUAUUGUCAUGUAUGUGGUGCCACUGAGCUUCAUCCAGGGAUUAGAAAAACUAGCUGUUCAAUCAUUCUAAAGGAUGCAGGAUAUACAGGAUGUGGUUUGCCAUCCAAAAACUUUAUGUUGAUUUCUUUUGUAAGAUUAAUAUUCAUCAAAAUAAUAUUUAAAAAAAAAAGAUGUUAAAUAGGUUAGUGGGAUGUUAUUUUUACUAAUCAUUGUAACAGUUCUAUUAAAAGAUAACACUGAUUAAGCCUGGGGCUUGUAAAUCUGCAACUGAUCCUGCUGUUUCAAUCAGUAUAUAGCUCUUGAAUUUCUGAUCUGUUUACUUACUUUAUUUAAAAUCAACAUCUCACAUGUACAAGCUGUUUUUGUACCGAAUUACAUUUAAAUGAAUAAAAUUUGAAACUCCUGGA